UGAACCUGAAGAUCGGACAACUGAAAUCAUCCAGUAUGAAGAAAACAAAAAGGAAAGAAUGGAACCUACCCCGGGAGCCCGAGGUUGGCUGCCGCGCCACCAGAGCUCGCGCUCCUGCAGACCAAGUAUCCAGACAGAUUGAAGCCAUGGCCAUUCUUUUUGCUGUUGUUGCCAGGGGAACCACUAUCCUUGCCAAACAUGCUUGGUGUGGAGGAAACUUCCUGGAGGAUUUUGAGCGUUCUCGAGCAUUUAAUUUUUUGAAUGAGAUAAAGAAGAGGUUCCAGACUACAUAUGGUUCAAGAGCACAGACAGCACUUCCAUAUGCCAUGAAUAGCGAGUUCUCAAGUGUCUUGUCUGCUCAGCUGAAGCAUCACUCCGAGAAUAAGGGCCUGGACAAAGUGAUGGAAACUCAAGCCCAAGUGGAUGAACUGAAAGGAAUCAUGGUCAGAAAUAUAGAUUUGGUAGCUCAGCGGGGAGAAAGAUUGGAAUUAUUGAUAGACAAGACAGAAAAUCUCAUGGACUCAUCUGUUACCUUCAAAACAACCAGCAGAAAUCUUGCCCGAGCCAUGUGUAUGAAGAAUCUCAAGCUUACUAUCAUCAGCAUUGUCGUAUCGAUUGUGUUCAUCUAUAUCAUUGUGUCACCUCUCUGUGGUGGAUUUACAUGGCCAAGCUGUGUGAAGAAAUAAGAAAGGAAAAGUUAUCAUUAACCAAGGAUAUGAGAGAAUAAGGAGUUAAAAGCGAUCCAUGUGACUCAAGCCUUUCACUACUGACAGAUGGUGUCUGUCGGUCUCUUCAACCCUCUUCUCAAUUUUGUAAAAGAAUCUUGUUCUAUGCUUCCAGAUUUAUCUUUGUCCUAUCAACCAAUUUAUCC